AUGUCAAUUCAUAGUGACAAAUGUCGCUCCAAGGCCUUGAAAAACGCUGUUGGCAUAUCAGGCGUUGAAUCGGUGACUGUAACGGGGCAAGACAAGGAUCAGGUGGAGCUAGUGGGCGACGGGAUCGACUCGGUUGAGUUAACUCGGCAGCUCAGGAAGAACGUGGCGCAUGCUGAGCUGCUUAGUGUGGGCGAGGUUAAAAAAGAAGAACAGCCUGCAGCCACCACCGCAGGUGCAACACCCGCCGAGUCUCCGCCGGUGGCGGUGGAGGGCUGGCUUCCGCCGCCGCUGCCGCCGUAUGGUUUCCCUCCCUACCAUUGCUGUACAGUACUGAGGGAGCCAGUCUACGAAAGCCCCUGCACCAUGAUGUGA